AUGGUGGUGGGUUCGUUGGUUGCAUUUGGUGGUGACCCAAACAGUGUAACAAUCACUGGCAUGUCAUCUGGUGCAAGUUCUGUGCAUUACCAUUUGAUUUCACCAAUGUCUAAAGGUUUAUUUAAUCGAGCAAUUCUUCAAAGUGGAAGCGCAUUUUGUCAUUGGUCAUAUACUGAAAAUGUUGAUCAAAAAACAAAGUUUGUUGCAAACAUGCUGGGAUGUCCAACAAAUAAUUCCUUGGAAAUCGUCGAAUGUCUUCGUUCUAGACCAGGAAAGGACAUUAUUCAAUCAAUUAUAAACUUCAUGCCAUGGAAAUAUAGUCCCUUUGCACCAUUUGGUCCAACUAUUGAAGUAGAAGGAGACGAAAAAUUCUUACCUGAUAUCCCAGAAAAACUCGUUCCAUAUGACAUUCCAGUACUGAUUAGUGUAGGCCAAGAGGAGGGUCUUAUUAUAGCAAUAUUUAUUGGCUUAGAAAAUGGUUUUAAUGAACUAAACAAUAAUUGGAAUGAAUAUUUACCACAUCUUCUUGAUUACAAUUACACGAUUUCAAACGAGAAUAUGAGGUCCAAAAUUGCACAAGAUAUAAAAGCGUUUUACUUUGGUGACAAACCAAUAUCAAAAGAAACAAAAAGCAAUCUUGCAAAAAUGAUAUCGGAUAGAACAUUUGGAUAUGGUAUGAGCAAAGCAGCCCAGCAUAUUGCUGCAAGGAAUGCGGCACCUGUAUAUUUCAAUGAAUUUGGUUACAGUGGUAAUUAUUCUCCCAUAGCUAUGUUCGAUCCAAAAUCUUAUUCCCGAGGAUCAACCACAUCUCAUGGUGAAGAAGCCUUCUAUAUAUUUAAAAUUAAUGGUUUUCCUGUUCACGACAAUGAAGAAGAUGCAAAGAUGAUGAAAACUAUAGUUAAUAUUUGGUCAACCUUUAUUCAAAACGGAGUUCCAGAUAUUGGAAAUUCAGAAAUUUGGUCACCUGUUUCCAAGAAUCCAGCAGAUCCUCUCAGGUACAUUAAGAUUACUCAACAACAAACAUUUGAAGCCAGAGAACAUUCGAACCAUGGAAAUUUUGAAUUUUGGAGUAGAUUACCAUUAACAGAGUAUUAUAAUAUUAAUGUGCCAGAAUACGUAAAAACUGAAUUAUAA